AUCAGUCUAAGCUUCUGACGAGCAUUAACAGCGCUUGCGCAUAGCAGACGAGAAUAGCUUUACAGCAACGAAAAUGAUCAACUGGAAGGCCCUGGACAAUGUCCCCCUCCUCUUCUACAUCCUGGCCCUGAAGACGCUGCUGCUGUGCUUGGCCUUUGCCGGGGUCAAGAUUUACCAGAGCAGGAAAGCCGAGGAGGCCCUGAAGAAGCAGCAGGCCGAGAGGAGGAGGCUGGCCCAGCAGACGCAGGAACUCAUCAACAACCUGAAGGAGGACUGAGGAAAUCCAGAGGAGCAGAACGAGCUCCUCCAAACUAGUCAGAGAAGCAGAAAGAAAGGGGAGAAUCUGGAGAAUUGCUCGUCAGCACUGGGAUGUUGACUUCACGAGUUUUACUCCAUAUUAAUUGACUGUUUUUUUUGUUUAGUUUAUAUAUAUAUAUAUAUAUAUAUAUAUAUAUAUAUAUAAGAAAAAAGGAAAACAGAAUCUAUUCAGACAUGGGAAAAACUGCCUUGCUGUCACUCAUGGUCUGAGCUGAGCUUUGUCUACAUGUGUGGCUGAGUUUUCACUGCCUGAAAUAUUUUUGCCCUUAUUUUUGUAACUAUAUUAAAUAGUUUGCUUGACAUCAGUGUUUUUGAGUCUGUUUUUUCUUGUGUCUGAAUAGAAGUUGAUUGGAUCAUGAAAAUAAUUGUUUGAAAUCCAUCACUUUGUGUAAAAAAAGAAAAAAAGUCUACAGAGCAUAAGAGUUUGAGUUUUGGAAGAUAUUCAGUGACCUAAACACUUAAACGUAAACAUGCACCAGUAUUUAUUUAUUUAUUUUUUAUCUUUGUCAAACAGCAGAGGGCGCUCCUGCAUUCAUAUUUACUCAAUGGGUGUAACGGGCUGACAAACAAGCAAAAAUAAAGUGACGCUAAGUUUUUCAAAAUCUU